AUGCUCCGCGUCGCCGCCCUCCGCACCCUCGCUGCCGCCCGCCCGUCGGCCGCCCGCCCGCUGGCCGCGUCGUUCAGCUCGGCCCCGAAGCCCGGUGAUGCCGAUGUCGUCAUCCCGGACCUCCACGAGACGUUGGAGUGGACCUUGUCGUCGCCGCCGCCGCUCCAUCAGUUUGAGGAGUCGCCGAUCAUCGUCGAGACGUGGGGCCCCACGGACCCCCACCACCACUAA